AUGACGAUGAACCCGUCAUCAUCAUCAUCGAUGGCGCCAGUAUUAGCUGAUUAUCAUAAUCGAACUACAAAUUUACGUUCAAAAAUUCUGAAAAACGAAGAACAACGCUUGCAACUCGAACAGAAACUUCGUACGAUGUCAAGUCAAAGUUCACGAUCAUAUCAACGCAAACAAAUUCAAUACAUUCAGAAUUAUUUCACACGAUUGAAUCAAGAAUCUCAACGAGCCGAACAGCGUAAUUUGCAAUUACUCAAUGAUUUAUCGCAUGCUCAGCACCAUCUUGAUCGACUACAUCUCGAUGCUGAACAUUUAACUCAAUUGAAAAACGAUUACUUGACCUAUCUCGAAUCAAAUUAUCCCAAUUGGCAAAAGCCGUCGACCAUUCGAUCGAGUGCUCAGAUUGUUAGUAGCAGCAACGAAUACGAUCGUUUAGCUCAACAUAUGAAACAAGAUCGUGGACAACUAGAAAACAAUGAAAACCUCCGGCAGAGUGACGCACCUUUAGUUCAACGAUCGUUCGAUGUGAAUUCAUCUAUGUUAUUCAAACGAUAUGAAGAUCAACUGAAAAUUGGUUUAGAACGGACGAUAUCCCCAUCGACGCCGGUUAUUAAUAACGAAAAUAAAGACGAGCAAUCUUUAUCGGAAUCAAACGAUAUGUCAAAUGCGUUUUCUCAUGCCAAACGUAGUGGUUCAUUGCGCAUGGAGCUUAGCCGGACUGGUCUUUAUGCUUUGCUCGAUUUUCUCGAACGACAAUUUAAAGAUACACUAGAUAAAAAGAAAUUCUAUCGUCUUGAUCCGCCAACAAUCACCCAAAAGAGGACAAUAAUCGAUCUAGCUAACGACCAAGACAAAGUCGCAUUACAAGAUCAAGAUUCUGCAACGAUUUCGAUGGUUAUCCUAGAUCAACUAACUUCAACAAUUCGUCGUACAACCCUUAAUCAAUGUUUAUUAACAGAAGAUAUCCUUUCAGCAAACAUCCAAGAUUUGGAUAAAGAUUCGAUUGCACAGAUGUUACCUGAACAAGAUCGAUUGCUAUGGUCACGAUUAAUCGAACAUUUUCUCCAAUUAUUGAGAUUACAUAUCAUGGAUGCACAAACAUUAGCCAAUAAGUUUACGUUAGCAUUAGUACCUACGAAUGCUCUGUAUGCGCAUGAAAAAGCGAAGGGUCUUCUUAAACAUAUUCUGGAUAAACUACUCCGAGCACAUUCGUCCAGUUCCGAAAACGAUGCAGAAGAUGAUCGAAAACAACCGAUUGGUCAAACAAAUGCUACAACAUCAUCAUCCUGGUUGAAAAAAUUAGCAAACGGCUCUGCAUAUGAUGAUGAUGAUCAAUCAUCGACAUCAUCAUCGUCAUCAACGACGCCUACAAAGCAAAACAGCCGAUCAGUCCGUUCACCCUCGAUAACUCCAAGAAAAAGUCGGCAAAAUCAAGCGAAUACCGACGACGACGAUGCAGCUGAAUACUUUUUCACCUAA